CGUCAAACUUUUGCUUUUGGAUUCGGCGCCGUGUGACAUUAUAAAGAAUUUUAUAAGGCUGUAUUGGAGCAAAAUGGUUAGGUUUACUUUCGUUUAUUUUUUAAAGUCUUUUACUGAUAUUGUGACUUAUGCUACCCUGCUGUAUACUUUAUUUCAAAACAAUUAUGUGGUUGUUUGUACUACGCUAACCGCAUUUAAGCGUUCUGCAAACCUGGGGGUUCCAAUUCGAUCAGCAAUCGGACGAGAUACUCGGUUUGUACCUUGGGAAAACUCUACCGCCAUAUUAUACCGGCUUGAUCCUGCUUAUUCCGCUGGAGAACUUGCUCUUAUUCAACAGGCCAUGACUCAGAUAUCAUCAGACAUGAAAGGUUGCAUCCGGUUUCAACCUUACUCGGUGGAAAUCAACAAUGGAAUGGAUUUUCUCUAUAUUUCCAGAACGCUGAACUCCGGGAGUACUAUGCCGACGUGCUUCUCUUUCCCUGGAAGGGUGGUAUCACAAGACGGUGCAGGGCAAAAGGUGGCAUUAUUCAACAGUCCUAACGGGAACGGGUGCAUGGAUUCCGUACGCGAUGUAAUGAAAUUUUUAGCACAUGCUCUUGGGCUUCGCAACGAGUAUAACAGGCCGGACAGAGACAAGUACAUCACCGUGUUCACAAAUAAUAUCAAAUCAGAAAUGCGGUCGCUAAACUUAUUCAUGAAGUAUACGCCGGAUCAAGUGGAUUAUCUCAAUACGGAAUUCGAUUAUAACAGUAUAACAAUGCCAAGCCCAACAAAAUAUGCAAACCCAGGAAGCGUCAUCUUUGCGUCAAGCCGCUCAGGACAAGGAUUUGGAAAUCUUCCAAGAUUGAGCCAAAGUGACUGCAUUGGAAUCGGACUCCAGUACACCCAAUGCAAUUUCGCAACGUGUAGCGAUCCAUACCUCCGCACUUCCGGUUCAAGAAACAGUAUUGCUGCAGCGUCCCGAGCAGGAGGUUCAAGCGUUAUUUUUGGAUUAGCCAUGAAAUCGGAAGGAAAUGAUUCAUAACUCAUAAAAGGAUUUGAAUUCCAUCAUUCGUGAAACUGCUUUUUGUGAUAUUAUGUACCUAAUUAGUAAUGCAUGUAUGUCCGUUUAAAAUGAAGACCGAAUUACUAAGGUCAAAUAUACUUCUUUGAAGUGUCUGUUGCAUUUUCUACUUUUUACUCCAGAUUG